AUGGUGGUGGCAAUGUUUGCUAUCAUUUUGCUCUCAAAUCUAUGCUUUUCAAUCGAAGCCGAUAACAACGUUCAUGUAGGGGCUAUCGUGGACUUUGAUUCUUUGGUGGGGAAGGUGGCCAAAACUGCUAUUGAUUUAGCCGUGGAGGACGUGAAUAAUGAUCCAAAGCUUCUGAAUGGCAUGCGCCUCCUUCUGCAUAUGCGCGACGGGCAACGAGAUUCACUCCGGGGUGCAAGAGCGGCUGUUAACCUGCUGAAAGGGGAAGCAGUAGCAAUAAUCGGGCCGCAAACGUCCCAAGUUGCAGAGUUCGUAUCAGACGUGGGAGAUGCGGCCAAUGUGCCGAUUGUGUCCUUCUCUGCUACAAGUCCCUUGCUUUCCAACUCCAGAUUUCCUUACUUUGUUCGGAUGGCUCACAGUGACGCGUUGCAGAUGAAGGCCAUUGCAGCUCUCGUAAGGCUUUAUGGCUGGAGAAGAAUCGUGGUUGUUUAUCCUGACAAUGAUUUCGGUUUCGGCGCUGUAAACUCGUUGAACGAUGCGCUUACGGACGUGGGCUCCGAAAUAGAAUACAGAUCGUCAAUUUCCCCAAAAGCGACCACGGAGGCCAUCAGGGAGGAGCUCUACAAAUUGAACAAUAUGCAGUCAAGAGUCUUCGUUGCUCACAUGAAUGCCGAUCUCGGAUUGAAGUUGUUCGCACAGGCCCAUGAGAUAGGAAUGAUGGGUUCCGGUUAUGUCUGGAUAACAACAGACGGAUUUGCCAGUCUUUUGGGUACUCUGCUCAAUGAUUCCACCAUGGCGUCCAUGGAAGGCAUUGUUGGAGUGAAGACGUACGUUCCCAAUUCAAAAAAGCUCAAGGAUUUCUCUAAACGGUGGAAAGAGAGAUUUAGAGCAGAAAAUCUGGACGAGGAUUUCGCCCUGACAGAGCUCAAUCAGUACGGUUUAUUGGCUUAUGACAGCGUGCAGAUGGUAGCCAGGGCCGUUGUUAAAUUGACAUCCAGCAAUACCCGCUUUAAUUUCUUGGAGCCUUCUAGCCCUCCAGUAGCACUUGGAAAUGCAACGGACUUGUCAACAAUCAGGGUGUUUCAGCAGGGGCAGCAGCUGUUGCAAAAUAUACUUGCAACGAACCUUACUGGACUAAGCGGCGCUAUCAGACUUAGCAAUGGAGAACUAUCAGGAUCUACUUACCAAAUAGUAAAUGUAGUAGGAAAAAGUUACCGUGUCGUCGGUUACUGGACGGAUGAAACUCAAGAUCUGUCGAGAGCAUUUCCGCUGCCUCCUUACAAUAGCGUCGGCAGUCUUAAGGCUGUGGUUUGGCCAGGUGGAGACGCGCAGAUUCCACGAGGAUGGGAGAUACCCACAAUGGGCAAAAGGCUUCGAAUUGGGGUGCCCGUGAAGAAUGGCCUCCAGGAAUUUGUUACGGUCACAUUUGAUAAAAGCCGUAACCAGAGCAUUGUCACGGGAUUCUGUAAGGAUGUAUUUGACGCGGUUCUCAGGCGGCUAGAUUAUGCGCUGCCAUACGAUCUCAUCCCUUAUGACACUGACAACUAUGAUAAUCUUGUCUAUCAAGUUUACCUCAAUAAAUUCGACGCCGUGUUGGGCGACACUACAAUUUUAGCAAAUCGAAGCAAGUUUGUUGAUUUCACACAUCCGUUUACAGAAACUGGCAUGGUAAUGAUGGUGCCUAUUACUACUGGUGGAGGCAAUAAUCCAUGGGCAUUUCUCCUCCCAUUUACUCCUGACUUAUGGUGUGCAACAGGAGCAUUUUUCAUCUUUACAGGAGUUGUGGUAUGGCUCCUUGAGCGUAGAAUAAAUCCCGACUUUAGUGGAGAUGCCAUUACCCAAGUGAUAACUAGUCUAUGGUUUUCUUUCUCGACCCUCUUUUUCUCUCACAGGGAGAAGAUCAAAAGGAAUUCGAGUCGAAUUGUCAUUAUAAUCUGGCUUUUUGUAGUUCUGAUAUUAACGUCGAACUACACAGCCAAUCUCACUUCAAUCCUCACAGUUAAACAAAUGACGCCAACGAUUACAAGUGUGGUGUCUGUCCGAGACGAAGGAGUUAAAGUAGGCUAUCAAAAAGGGUCUUUUGUGGAAGAGUAUCUGGAACAGCUCUUCGGAAUAUCAAAAAAGAAAAUGAAAUUUUAUUCAACGCCCGAAGAAUAUGGGGAAGCUUUAACAAAGGGUCAAAAUAAUGGUGGUGUUGCUGCUAUUUUUGACGAGAUCCCCUACGUCCGGCUCUUCUUGUCUCAGCAAUGCGGAUAUACAAUUGUGGGCCCUACUUACAGAACAGGCGGUCUAGGAUUUGUGUUUCCCAAAGGUUCUCCUCUUCUCUCAGACAUUUCCAGGGCCGUUUUAUCCGUGUCAGAGGACAAAGAAAUGCAGAAAAUUGAAAAAAUGUAUUUCAAUGACACCCUCUGCGCUAGUCCUGGAGCAGUAGUAGAUUCCAACAGGAGUUCCUCCACUGCUCCAAGUGGAAAUUCAGUUACCGUAUCCCCGUCUGCUGUCCCUACCAAUGGUGUUUCUCCAUAA